UUGACCUGGGGGGGUUAUUACGUCGCCGUUUAGAAACGUGUCAACGUAAUUCUCGCUGUGGGCGUGUCUAUCUGUGCCGCAACUUCUUGGCUUCCUACUUCCGGCACUGUGAGCGGAACUAUAGAGCGCAGGGUUGAAGGAUAUUAAUUACACUAACCGUUCCACUGUGUGGUCUCUGUUUAAGCUGUAAACAGAAACAUGGUAUCCAAGCAGGCUUUCCUCUUCAGCCUUGGUUCUAUCUACCUCUCUCUGCUCUUCAUAUUUCUCCUUAUGGAUGUCUAUGCCAGACCUGCAAACAACUCUGCUCUUAAGGUAGAAACUAAAGAAAAGGCUGCGGACAAUAAAGAUGAAAAUGAAAUUCUGCCCCCUGACCAUCUGAAUGGAGUAAAGAUGGAAAUGGAUGGUCACCUCAACAAGGAGUUCCACCAAGAGGUUUUUCUCGGUAAAGAAAUAGAAGAAUUUGAUGAAGAUUCUGAACCUCGAAGGAAUAGAAGGAAACUGGCAGCUAUUUUUUCCAAGGUGGAUAGAAAUGAGGACAAACAAAUUAGUGCGAGUGAAAUGCAGAGGUGGAUCAUGGAGAAAACAGAAGAGCAUUUCCAAGAGGCUGUGAACGAGAACAAGCUUCACUUCCGUGCCGUGGAUCCAGAUGGUGACGGGCACGUGUCGUGGGAUGAAUACAAAAUCAAGUUUUUAGCCAGUAAAGGCUUCAAUGAGAAAGAGGUUGCGGAAAAACUGAAGAAUAAUGAGGAUUUGAAGAUUGACGAAGAGACACAAGAAGUGCUGGAUAACUUGAAGGAUCGUUGGUUCCAAGCAGACAACCCCCCUGCAGACCAGCUCUUGAAUGAAGAGGAGUUUCUGUCCUUCUUGCAUCCGGAGCACAGUCGAGGCAUGCUUAAAUUUAUGGUGAAGGAGAUUAUACGUGACCUAGAUCAGGAUGGUGAUAAGAAGUUGACUCUGUCUGAAUUUAUUUCUCUUCCUGUGGGCACUGUUGAAAACCAGCAGGCCCAGGAUAUCGAUGAUGACUGGGUACGGGAAAGGAAAAAGGAAUAUGAAGAAGUCAUUGAUGCCGACCAUGAUGGUAUUGUGACAAUGGAGGAACUGGAGGAAUACAUGGAUCCUAUGAAUGAAUACAAUGCUCUCAAUGAAGCCAAGCAGAUGAUUGCAGUCGCUGAUGAAAAUCAGGACCAUCACUUGAGUUUAGAAGAAAUACUGAAGUACAGCGAGUAUUUCACGGGCAGCAAAUUGAUGGAUUACGCCCGCAAUGUCCACGAAGAAUUCUGAGUCUCUUGUGUCCUAAAAUUCACCCAGACUGCACCUCUCCACAUAGUCUACAGCAGUGUCGGUUAUGAUCAACUGAUCCCUCUUGCAUUGGAACGAGGAGAGGCGCUUGUACCAGUUUCUGCUGCUAUUUUACCUGUGUGUUCUUAGUGUGUGUCAUUGUGUGGGGCUUCUGCCUUCCCCACCAAGAUCUACUUUCAUCGCUGGAUUUGUACAUAAUUACUUGCCUUUAUUCACCUCCGUUCCAGACAUAUAUAUUUUUACAUCCGCCGUUCGCACAUUUGCGCUUAAAUCAUAUCUAUAAAGGAGGUUGUCUAGGACUCCUCUAGAUAAAACGUGCCGUCCACGUAAUACGUGUUAUUAGCAAAGUAAUAGCUGCUUCUUAAUGGGGGAAGGGGUAAACAUUGGCAGAUAUGCAUCUCGGUUUUAUUCUGUGGUUGCAGUCGCGGUGCCAUCUUAUGGCAUAAUCAUGGCAUUCAUUUGUUUAUAAACGAAAUUCAAAUUUAAUACGUGUAUAAUUCUAUGAGCUGAAGGUCUUUUUCUUUGUGGUGAGAGGACAACAAAAAAAGUUUCCAGCGUUUCUUGUUUCCUCUUUUGUUUCCUGAAGUCUAGCCAACAGUGAGCAAAAGCAGUGUUACUUUCCCCUCCAUGUACAUUUGUUAGGCAGUCCCAGUUUGCAUAACUUCGUUUCUACAGGGUAAACUCCUAAGGGAAGUCCCACGAAUGACCCAGGCUCUGAGCCACCGUAUUUCUCUCAUCUGCUGGGAUUCUCAAGCCUCAUUUACCAAAUACUGCCAUUUAGGGAGAUCAGGGAGGCCGCUCAGGGCUCACCAGUGUUGUCUCUGUAAAGCUUCUCCGUCUCACAGCAGUAUCAUACAGUAUCUGUGUGUUCGUAUAAAAGAACUGGAACCCUCAGGUAUAAGGCUUAACUGAGAGCAGGUGGAAAACAUAAGCAUUUGCUAAAUAUGCUGCAAGAUGAAUAUCCCCAAAUGAGCUUGGCUAGAAUUCUUUUCACUGUUAUUUUUUUUAUAAUUGUGUAAUAUUUCAUUUCUAUGCAUAAAUAUUCUAUGUAGGAUUACGGAUUUAACCAGUAUCAUAUGCUUAACUUAUAUCCUUGCCAUGCUUUGUGUCAAGAGUCUGCUUUGUAAAUAAACUUAAAUUAUUCUGAAA